AAGUAUUAGUUUCCCAUGACAAAUUGAUAUUUGAGAGUCAUGUUGUUGUUUGUAGUAAGACUGUGAUACAACACCGACUGUCGGCACACGUUGCCUUCAGGCUUUUACUGUUGGAUUUAUUUCACUACAUUAUUUAUUACUUUUCAUGUUUAGACUCAUGAGAGUUCCAGGAUACGCUUUUAAUUGGCUGAAGUUUUAUGUGCCAUCUAACUGCAACUAGCUAACUAGCCCUAACGUUUGGUGGAUGUGAUUCACCUGACUUUAAGUUAGCUGUGAUUUGAAGAAAAUCCUCGUUUGUCGGCAUGGAUCAGACAAGCUCUUAUCCAGUGAAACUGUACAUUUACGACAUAUCCAGAGGCAUGGCCCGCCAGCUGAGUCCACUCAUGCUAGGGAAACAGCUUGAUGGGAUAUGGCACACUGGUGUUGUGGUCCACGGAAAGGAGCACUAUUUUGUUGGAGAAGGCAUCAGCAGUUGUUUACCUGGUGGCACCCUCUUGGGUGAACCUGACUCCAUAGUUGACCUGGGUUUCACUGAGGUGCCUGAAGACAUAUUUAUGGAGCAUCUGACUUCACUGGGAGAGUCUACAUACGGUAAUGACAAGUACAACUUGUUUGAGCACAACUGCAACACUUUCAGCAACGAGGUGGCUCAGUUUCUUACGGGCAAAAAGAUCCCGUCGUACAUCACAGACCUUCCAUCUGAAGUACUAUCCACGCCAUUUGGCCAGGCUCUCCAUCCCUUACUGGAUUCCAUCACCAUAAAUCCUGGAGGCGACAACAUAACUGGACAACGGUAGACAGGGUUGUGCCCUACCGUAACCUUAAAGAAAAAUACUUUUAUUUAGGUGGUUUGGGUGAGAAUGGGACAUUGACCACCAGUCACCAGCCAGAUCUUGAACUUCUGUGACUGUGGUUAACCUUUUCUUUUUGGUGAAUUCAGCUACUAGUUCAGGUUUGGCACAUUCCACAUAUCUGAGAUUUUAAUACUAUAAUCAAUCACAAUGUGUAUUUUGCUACAAAUUCAGAUGGCAUUCAAAAAAAAAAAAAUCUGUUACUACUCCAACAAAUGUAGAGGAUUAUACAACCUCUAAGACUACAAGACCCAUUAAUACACAUUAAAAACACAGUUCGUACCAAAAGAACUGUGAUCAAUUAUAAUGAAUCCCUGAUGACAACACAGAAACCCAGAUGUGCAUGGUAAACUCAUGGUAAAUGUAUGAAAGUGAAGGGAAAAGGAUUCAUCUCGUAAGAGGCAGUGAGCUCUCCCCACUGACAUGGGGACUUAAAGGACAAAAGACAAGUAUUUGCCAGUGGCAUGAUAAGGCUAGGGAAUAGGAGUCAGACUCGCUGGUAUAGCAUUGUAAGAUUAGUGCUGGUUAUAUACUGAGUUCUGUAUCGAAAAAACCCAUUAAUCAUUUAGUCCCUUUUAGUAUAUUUUAAUGUUUUAAGCAGAUAAAGCCUCUGUUAUUGUCAUCUUCUCAUAUCUGAGCCUGUACACAGUCAAUCAAUGUGUGGACUGUUCUUCUCACACUUCUUCAAAGACUGUCAUAAUAAAGGACCUUAAAAAAAGGAUGCAGAUUCACAAGAGCACUGGGAAUCAAUUGAAAUACAAAUCUGGGGGAUGCAAAAUGAUUUGGUUAAACCAGGGGAAGCACUCUCACAAACUCGUAGCUGCAUCUGGUUUAUCACACUCAGAGUAGAUAUCUACUCUUUGUAGGCCCAUGGCCCCAGAGGUUGGCACACAUUAAACAUAGUGUCAGGCUGUGUUUAUUUGAGAUACUUUAUAAGAAUUUAUCAGAAAUAUUCCACAGUGUUACUAAAUUCUUCUCCUAAAGUCCUGAAUCCACAACUGGAUCUUGUACCAAAGAUUUUGGUCCACACGUCAAAUUUUGUAAUGUACCAAAAACAGUACUGCAACAGUAAAACAAACAAACAAACAAAUCUUCUCUGAGAGAGGUAAUAUCUCUUCCCUUCAAAACCUUAGACUGGUUUCUUUCCUAUGGAGUUGAGGGUCAUCUGAAUGUAAAUUGAAACCCACCACUGCAAGGGUAUCUGUGUGGUUACUGCUUGGACCCUUCUUAUAAUUACUCUUCUUUUUAAUGUGUCAGUUUCUCUUUUGAUUUGUUUCCACCACGGCCAUUAAUAUGACAGGUUCAGUGGACCAGAGUAGGUUAGAGCUGGUCUGUCUUUGUAUUCAGUGCUUCAGAAAAUAAUCCGACCAAGUUUAAGGCCUAGUGUUGAGAGAUUCUGAGGCACUUGCUUCAUUCAGAAACAGCAUAGUAUUGUGUGUUUUUGAAAUACAGGACCAAUCAUCUGUAUUGUAUUUACAUGACUAAACCAGGCAUAGUAAAUUAUAUGUGCUGCUUUUGUUAAGUAACAUUCACUUAUCCAUUAUUCCUUAAGGAAGAACAUUGAUGCCAUGUCAUUCUCAGUUCAGGUGAAAACCUUUUGUGAAUAAGUAAUAGUUUCCUUUUCUGUCAUUUUGAACCUUGUUAGUACUGUUUAACCUGCUGCUGUUACACCUACUUAAUCUUGUUAAGAGUGUCAGCAAGUCAGAAGUAUCAUUAACAAAAUUUUGCAAAUAAUGCAAAAGACCUCUGAAAUCACGUAUAACUGUCUAAAAUCUGAAUGUAUAGGAGCUUGAUUUUUUUUUUUUACUUAAAAUGUUGAAUUUGAUUUAAUUCAAUUCUUUAUUUUUGCACAUAAGUGAACCUGUUGGAAAAGGGCAAAUAAACUCCUGUUUAAUAACUGGUCAUACCUCCCUACAGAGAGAAAUGAACAGAAAUGAUUUUUAUAUUUGUAUAAUUAAAACAUAUUAAAAUUUACUGACACCUUGCACUUUGUUAAAUGUGUGACAUUUGAAAUUUGACUCAAGUUGUGGCAUUAAAA